AACGCAACAUACGAACCACGGUCGCUCUUCACACGCUGUUGUUUGCCCAGUUUUCACAUCUCGAGCUCUAGAAAGCAUGGCGGAAGUUCCCAUUGUUCUCGACGGCGGAACCGGCUUCCUCAAGGCGGGCUAUGCAGGACAGAACUUUCCAGACCACCAGUACCCUUCGAUAGUCGGCCGGCCCAUUCUGCGUACCGAAGAGCAGAAUGGAGGGGACAUUCAGCUCAAGGACAUAAUGUGCGGAGAUGAGGCGGCGGCUGCGCGCUCUAUGCUCCAGAUCACCUAUCCUAUGGAGAACGGUAUCGUCAAGCGCUGGGACGACAUGCAGCACCUCUGGGACUACACGUUCCACGAGAAGAUGAAACUCGACACAAAUGGCCGCAAGAUCCUGCUCACCGAGCCCCCGAUGAACCCGCUCAAGAACCGCGAGACAAUGUGCGAGGUCAUGUUUGAGCGCUAUGGCUUUGGGGGUGUAUACGUAGCUAUCCAGGCUGUGCUGGCUCUAUACGCCCAGGGCUUGUCAUCUGGUGUCGUUGUCGACUCAGGCGAUGGUGUCACGCACAUUGUCCCCGUCUACGAGAGUACCGUCCUCAACCACCUCACCCGUCGCCUGGAUGUCGCAGGACGAGACGUUACUCGUAACUUGAUCGCGCUGCUUCUACGGAGAGGGUAUGCACUCAACCGAACCGCCGACUUCGAGACUGUACGCCAAAUCAAGGAGAAGCUCUGUUAUGUUUCGUACGACCUCGAGCUGGACCAGCGCCUCAGCGAAGACACAACGGUCUUGGUGGAAUCAUACACUCUUCCAGACGGCCGCGUCAUUCGAGUGGGCAGCGAGCGCUUCGAGGCGCCCGAGUGUCUGUUCCAGCCGCAUCUUGUUGACGUCGAGCAGCCCGGCGUUGCCGAGUGCUUGUUCAACACGAUCCAGGCCGCGGACGUCGAUGUCAGGACCAGCUUGUACAAGGCAAUCGUGUUGAGUGGUGGCAGCAGCAUGUACCCGGGUCUGCCCAGCCGGCUGGAAAAGGAGCUGAAGCAGCUGUGGCUUACAAAGGUCUUGGGAGGAAAUCCCGAGCGACUCAAUGUAUGUUUGCUUCUACCCCUCACUGAUGAUCAAUUCUAACUUAAGCGCCCUAGAAAUUCAAAGUUCGCAUCGAGGAUCCGCCAAGGCGACGACACAUGGUCUUCCUCGGCGGUGCUGUACUCGCAAACAUUGUAAGCCGAUCGACCUUUCCAUUCCAUAUACAGAUGCUGACUACGCACAGAUGGCCGAUAAGGAGAACAUGUGGAUAUCAAAGGCGGAAUGGGAGGAGCAGGGCUCGAAGGCUCUGGAGAAGCUGGGUGCGAGAUGAUGCUGAGAAGGGAACCGACUGCACACACAUCCU